ACUUCGCCUAUGCCUAUCCUUCCACAGCCGACCUCUCUGUCUUUGCAGAAGCCAGGGCGGAAGAGUUCUGGCAAGCGCUGCACGUUUCCGACCCAGAGCACAGCAUGCACAUGGCACGCAUGAGGCGCGCCCUCACCCGCGCGCAAGCCCUCACUAAGGCUCAGGACGAGCAGCCAGUCUAUGCACAGCCCGCGCCGCCCGUCCCCUUCCCGGGAGACAGCCAGCAGAACGUGCGCGCCAACGUCUGGGCAGAGCACGCCCCGCCAAGGCUGGACGCCAGCACCGUCGCGCAACUGCAAGCCAGCUUCCGCGCCAAUUAUCCAGAAAAAACACCUGGAUUCGGGGGAGCCAUAAAGUGGGUCCCCUGGCAAAUGCGCCUCUCCAGCAAGCAGUACCAGGACAUUAAUUGA